AUGGCCCCCGCCCGGCUGUCGCUGCUGCUGCUGCUGCUGGUCGCAGCGUGCGCCUGGCGGCCGGCGCGGGGCCAGGAGGCGCCGCAGACCCCGGACUGGCGGAUGACGCUGAAGACGAUCCGCAAUGGCGUGCACAAGAUCGACAUGUACCUGAACGCGGCCCUCGACCUGCUGGGCGGCGAGGACGGGCUCUGCCAGUACAAGUGCAGCGACGGAUCAAGGCCUGUUCCUCGCUAUGGAUAUAAACCAUCACCACCAAAUGGCUGUGGAUCCCCUGUAUUUGGAGUUCAGUUUGACAUUGGUAUCCCUUCAAUGACAAGGUGCUGCAAUCACCACGACAGAUGCUAUGAUACUUGUGGCAAUAAAAAAAAUGAUUGUGAUGAGCAGUUUCAGACCUGCCUCUCAAAAAUUUGCAGAGAUGUGCAGAAAACGCUUGGAAUCUCAGAGAGUGUCCAGGCUUGUGAGUCAACUGUUCAGCUGCUGUUUGAUGCAGUUAUACAUUUAGGAUGCAAACCAUACCUGGAUAGCCAGAGAGCUGCUUGUAUGUGUCGCUACGAGGGCAAAACAGAUCUCUGAAGGAAGACACUGAGAUCUCGUGGUGUAGAAUGAAGCCGAAGAUUCAGCCAAAAUGAAGCAAGGCUUUGGUUACAAACCUUUGCCCUUUUCAGACAGUGAUAUAUUAGACAUUGACAUGAAUUUACUGAUUUGAAGAUCACUACAAUAUUCUUACUCAUGUAAAAAAGAAACAAGAUGUCCUUCUCUCCAUUUUAUGCCAGAAGCUUAGGAACUAAAAUUGCCUUCCUUUGGUGUAUGUUCUCCUAGGGCAUGCUGUUUUAAAAUGCUGGUGCCAUUUUAAUGUUCCCAAGAAAACUCCAUAGUGGGGACGUCAGAGGCACCAGAGAGAUAUUGAAUUCUCAGGUGAUUUUUAAUACAGGUCAAAUUUUAGGUUUACUAGCAGUUGAAGCAUCUGAUGGGUUCAGCAGGAAAGAGUGUGUUGUGCGUACCAAUAUAAGACAUCUUACAUAGCCUGUACUUGCGUGUUUCUGCUGCAAUUGCCUUCAGUUCUCUCUCGUGUAUGUGGUCCUGCAGGUUUGUUGUUAAAGAAACAAGGAAAAUGCCCCAAGUCAAUGUACAUGCACUGCAUAUUUCAACCUGAUUCUAUAUCAAUGUCUUGCUUCUGCAGCACUUUUCGGAUCAGAUAUGUUGAUCCUUUUAAGGGCUCUCUAGUAAAAUGAACAGUUUGCAGCCUAAGGGUCUACUUUUGAUUUGACAGAAUGGUGAAAUGUAGUUUCUAUGUUAUUUUUAAAUAAUUCAUCAAUUUAUGUCUGUUUUUGAAUAAAACAUUUUGUGUUGGGUAUUGUAUGCAUGGAAAGGAUAUAUGUAGAAAUAUGCUGAUUUGUAUUUCUGUUGUGGCACAACUUGACUACUGUAUUCCUCUUUGCUUUCAAGUUCCACAGUUAAGAUCACGGUGCCCAAAAUUUAAGAUGCCCUCUGUGAGGCUAAUGGAUAUAUGAGCCUGUACGUCUGUCACUUGUUCCCUCUCUGACUUCUAUAGCUAAAAUCACCUGGUGUCUGAAUUAUUUGGCGUUUGCUCUCUGUACUCUCUGUACUUUUUGCUUAUCUACAGGUGUCAGUUCUUAGUUAACUUUUGCAUUAGGUCCUCUGUUAAAAAGAUAAUGAUUUGCUUUCAUUAAAAAGCAGUUCUGCUUUAGAUAUUCACAGGAGAGGAAUGAAAAUUGAAAUAUUGGCAUCUGUGAACAGGUAAUAGAAACUAAAUGCAUAAAAUUCACUGGACUCAUGGACUAUAAUGUAAUAUAAUUUUGUGUGUUUUUUCUUUACCAGUUGUGGUUUUAGUUUGUUACUAGAGCUUAGUGUACAUGACAGUGAAUGUAAGGGCCUCAUAAACAUAAGUUUCUGCAAAAGU